CCGAGUGCAGAAGAUUAAGGAGCCGUGUCAACACUUCUGUUCAGGAUCUUUCAGUUAUCCCAAUCACUUUAUGCAGUGAGUGGAGGGGAAUAAUCGCAUCGCCCGACCAUGCUCACAUUUAAAAAAGGAAGAGCUGCCUCGUGAUUGUACCACCCUCAAGCGAGAGAGCGAGAGGAGAAAUCAUCAUCAACCACAGAGCGAGAGGAGAGAUCAUCAUCAACCACAGAGCGAGAGGAGACAUCAUCAUCAACCACAGAGCGAGAGGAGACAUCAUCAUCAACCACAGAGCGAGAGGAGAGAUCAUCAUCAACCACAGAGCGAGAGGAGACAUCAUCAUCAACCACAGAGCGAGAGGAGACAUCAUCAUCAACCACAGAGCGAGAGGAGAGAUCAUCAGUCACUCACGGAAACGACGCUGAGGACUCGUCACGGCAGACAGGGACAGAGAGACGUCCAUUCCCCUUUCCAGUUAGCUAGCUUCUCAAACCUCCUCGCUUCCUUCCAACGUCCCCCCGGUACUACCCGAGUUGGGCAACCGUAAUCACGCGCCUCCGCCUGGACUGACAACCCCAGAGGAAGAGAGGCACGGCUCCCUCGGGUCCCCACGCUUCGUGGAGAGAAUCGCUGAAAUGAGAUGAGGCUCAGAAAUGGAACGGUGGCGACUGCGAUAAUUUUCUUCACGUCGUUUCUCAGCCUGUCUUGGUACACAUCCUGGCAAAAUGGCAAAGAGAAGUUGGUAGCGUACCAGAGGGAGUUCCAUGCCCUGAAAGAGCGCCUCCGUGUGGCCGAGCACCGGACCCUGCAGCGCUCCUCAGAGCUCAACAACAUACUGGAGCAGUUCAGACGGGUCAUCGCUGAGACCAACGGCAGCAAGGACGCUCUCACCAACUUCUCAGAUGAGACCCAGAAGCUGCUGAAGGAGCUGGCCAGUAGGAAGCCUCUCCAGGUGCCAAACAUCUACCACCACCUGCCUCACCUGCUCAACAAUGAGGGCAGCCUGCACCCCGCUGUCCAUGUCGGCCUGGGCCGCACCGGAGGUGAGAAGCACACACACACUGCCUCUGUUUCCCGCCCUCCCAGUCCAUGCUUCUUUUGGCAGAACAGCUCUUACGUGGCCUGUGGCCUGGCUGAUACAUCGUGUGAGGUUGUGUUACAGCCUCCCAUCAGUACCUUUUGA